AUGGAGAAAAUCUUCAUCCUUGGUGGCAGAGAACAGAGCAUAUAUGAAAUUCUAAUUCCAUCAUCGUCUUCUGAUUUCAUCAAAAAAUUAACCCAAAUCAAGUUUCUUUUGGGUUUAAAGUCGUCCCACCGGAUACCUGCAUCUGGAUCUGUGGGCGGUAACAGGUGGUCGGAGACAAAAACAUUGAUGGGUGUUGAAAGGAAUAUCACCGGUGGUGGUGGGGACUGCCCACCACAGCAACAAGGGCGAGUAGUGGUAGCACAUCAGCUCUGUUGCUUCCGUCUUCCCAAUACAACGGUGAUCGAAGAGGAAAGAAGGAGCAAGGAUUGGGGUUUGUUUGGGGUUGCUCAGAUCAACAGAAAAGAAAAAGAGAUUGGGUGA